UCAAAUACUAAGAGAAAGCUAGCUAUAGCUGCGUAUCUCUUCAAACUCUUCUGAUAAAUUCUGAUAGCACCAGCAAAACAUGACGAUCAACUCUCUGCUGCAAAAGCCGACCUCCUCCUCCUCUUUGCCCAUAACAAACACAAAAAAUAGCAUUCUUGCCGCUUCCGUUGAGGUUGAAGAAGCUGAAGCAGCACUGAUGAAUACUAGUAUUUCAUCAGCAGAGAAUAACAACAAUAAUGAGGCAGUUACGGUGAAGGCAGUGGUUACAGUGAAAAUAACAACGGGAAGCCUGCUUUCCAACUUGUUUGGUUUGACAGCACCCCUCGAUCUUUUCACUGAUUUGCUCGGAAAAACCUUUCUUCUUGAGCUUGUUAGCACCGAGCUUGACCCUGAUAUUGGGUUGGAGAAGAAAACAAUCCAGGGGUAUGCGCACAAAGUGACCAGAAUUGACGACGAGGUGAAGUAUGAGAGCUCCUUCACCCUCCCAGCUGGUUUCGGAGAGGUGGGAGCUGUUCUGUUUGAAAAUCAGCACCACGAGGAGCUUUACAUCAAGACCAUACAUUUACACAUCAAUGGCUUCCCAGACCCUUCUGUGGUUACUGUCCCUUGUGAUUCAUGGGCUCACUCCAAGUAUGUCAAUCCAGACAAGAGAAUCUUCUUCACCAGCAAGUCUUACUUACCAUCAGAGACACCAAGUGGGUUGAAGAGGCUAAGAGAACUGGAGCUGCAAUAUUUGCGAGGAAAUGGGGAGGGUGAAAGAAAAACGUCCGACAGAAUUUAUGAUUAUGAUACAUACAAUGAUCUUGGAAAUCCUGAUAGCGAAGAUGAUUUGGCUAGGCCCGUGCUUGGCGGCAAAGAGCAUCCAUACCCGAGGCGCUGCAGAACAGGACGACCACGCACCAAAAAGGAUCCAUUAUCGGAGGAAAGAAGCAGCAGUGUGUAUGUACCAAGAGAUGAAGCUUUCGCAGAGGUGAAACAACUGACAUUUGCUGCAAAGACCUUGAAAUCCGUGCUGCACGCUUUGCUCCCGCAGCUUGAGAUGUCACUUAUUAAUCCAAACCUAGGAUUUCCCUACUUCACAGCCAUAGAUUCGCUGUUUAAUGAAGGAGUCACAAUGCCUAAGCCAAAAACUAGUGGGCUUUUUCAGUCUGUCAUCCCAAGGCUAGUGAAGGCUGUUAGUGACAGCCAAGAUGAUCUUUUGCUCUUUGAGACCCCUGAAAUAAUCGAUCGUGAUAAAUUUUCCUGGUUUAGAGAUGAAGAAUUUUCUCGGCAAACUCUAGCUGGUCUUAAUCCAUUUAGUAUAGAGCUAGUCAAGGAGUGGCCAUUGAAAAGUAAACUGGACCCCAAAAUUUAUGGUCCACCUGAAUCAUUGAUCACAACAGAACUUGUGGAGAAAGAAAUCAGAGGUUGUAUGACUGUCAAUGAGGCCUUGAAAAGAAAGAAGAUGUUUAUGUUGGAUUAUCAUGAUCUGCUCAUGCCUUAUGUAAACAAAGUGAGAGAGAUUGAAGGGACCACAUUAUAUGGUUCUAGGACACUGUUCUUCCUCACUGAAGAAGGCACAUUGAGGCUUGUUGCCAUUGAACUAACUCGCCCACCUGUUGGUGACAAGCCACAAUGGAAGCAAGUGUUUACUCCUACCUGGGAUGCCACUGGAUGCUGGCUGUGGAGACUCGCUAAAGCGCAUGUUUGUGCUCAUGAUGCUGGCUAUCAUCAGCUUGUCAUCCACUGGCUGAGAACUCAUUGUUGUACGGAGCCAUAUAUAAUUGCCGCCAAUCGCCAAUUAAGUGCAAUGCAUCCCAUCUAUAGACUUCUACUUCCUCAUUUUCGGUACACAAUGGAAAUAAAUGCCCUGGCUCGAGAAAGCCUCAUCAAUGCAGGUGGAAUCAUUGAGACCUCCUUCUCACCGGCAAAGUACUCCAUUGAGCUCAGUUCAGCUGCUUAUGACAAGUUCUGGCGCUUUGACAUGGAAGCUUUGCCAGCAGAUUUGAUCAGAAGGGGAAUGGCAGUUGAGGAUCCCACAGCUGAGCAUGGCUUAAAGCUAACAAUUGAAGACUACCCAUUUGCUAAUGAUGGUCUCAUUCUUUGGGAUGCUAUUAAGGAGUGGGUGAGGGACUAUGUGAACCACUACUAUCCAGACCCAACUCUUGUUGAGAAUGAUCAAGAGCUUCAAGCUUGGUGGACAGAAGUUAGAACAAAAGGCCACGCUGACAAAAAGGAUGAGCCAUGGUGGCCAGUUCUGAAUACCCCAGAUAACCUAAUACAUGUUUUGACAACAAUAAUUUGGGUAACAGCUGGUCAUCAUGCAGCGGUAAACUUUGGCCAGUAUAUGUAUGCCGGAUACUUUCCAAACAGGCCUACAAUAGCUCGAACCAACAUGCCAACUGAAGAUCCAUCUGAGGAGUAUUUCAACAACUUUUUGAAGAAGCCGGAGUCUGCAUUGCUAAUGUGCUUCCCCUCACAGAUUCAAGCAACCAAAGUGAUGGCUGUCUUAGACGUGUUAUCGAACCAUUCACCUGAUGAGGAGUAUCUUGGUGAGAAAAUGGAGUCCUCUUGGGCUGAAAAUCCUGUCAUCAAGGCUGCAUUUGAGCGCUUCAAUGGGAAUUUGAAAAAGCUAGAAGCAAUAAUUGAUGAGAGGAAUACUAAUAUAAACCUGAAAAACAGAGUUGGAGCAGGGGUGGUUCCAUAUGAGCUUUUGAAGCCAUUCUCAAAGCCUGGGGUCACAGGAAUGGGAGUUCCUAAUAGUAUUUCAAUUUGAGUAAUGAUAUUGAUCCUAAAUAAAGUGGAUCGGAUUUGGGCCUAAUGUUUUACAAGUUAAUUCUUUCUUAGUGUUGCUAUUCCCAGCAAUAUCAAUAUCUCGUACUAUUUCUGUGGACAAUUGGUCCAUGCUGUUAUGUUGGGGAUGCCUAAAUUGGUUUACUCUCAGUCUCCGACGAACCAACAUUUCUUUGUUUUUCUUUUUCUUUCUUAUUUGACAACGUUUUUCUUACGACAGACAUUUUUCAUCUGAAUCUUUUCUCUUA